AUGUCUGGAUUCAUCCGUGACGCUGAGCAGGCCUUCGAGGGCGGCAACAACAACAACCAGCAAGGCAGUGGCUUCGAUAGCAGCAACCAAGGAAACUUCGAUAACAGCAACCAAGGUUUCGACAACAGCAACCAGGGCUUCGAUAACAGCAACCAAGGCUACGACAACAGCAACCAGGGUGGAAACUUCGACAACAACAACCAGGGCUCAAACAACAACAGCAGCGGAGGUGGCUUCGGAAGCACCCUCAAGACUGGCGGUGAAGAUGCCAUGCUCAACACUGCUGCCAACAGCUUCUUGACCAAGGAGGGCGUUCCUCAGGGUGCUGAUGGUGCGAUCGACGGAUUUGUCGACCAGGAAGCCAACAAGUACAUCUAA